GCUCUUAGGAUUUCUUCCCUCAUUCCCUCUAUUAAUCUUAUUCCUCUUAAUUUGUGGAAACUGCGGUUCAUUGCAUUCCUUCCUCGUUGACUAUAUUAAUAUCAUUCCUCUUACGAUAUAUUUCAGGGAAAGCAAGAGCAACAAGAAAAGAGGCAAACAAAGAGGAGGGAUGCCGUACGAAAUUGAGAAUGAUAGAACUCCUCUAAAUGAAGCUACAACAAAUGGUCAAGAUCGAUUAGUGUUGCAAACAAAUAAAUCUGCAAAAGAAAUCUUUGAUGAAAGAUUUAAGGAUUUGAACAAAUGGUCUACCAAAUCUUGUACAAUAUUCAAAGUAAAUGCGGGGCUACGUAGAUCAAAUUCAGAUGCUUAUACUCCACUGUUGAUCUCUAUUGGUCCUUACCAUAAGAAGAAUCCACAGUUUUGUUCAAUGGAAAAUUAUAAACUACGUUACCUACAACGGUUUCUCCAGCGGAAUAAGGAGAUUGAUGUGGAGAGUUACAUUAGGGAAUUGGAGAAAUUGAAAGAUGAAGUGCUAAAGUGCUAUGAUGAUAAAGGGGAACUUGGCAGUUAUACUUCCAGCCAAUUUUUGGAAAUGUUGUUGCUUGAUGGUUGUUUUGUGGUUGAGUAUUUGCGAGAGGUUUUCAAAAUUUUUCCAGAACGAGAAGACAAGAUUAUCAACGCAGAUUGGAUGGUAAAUCUUAUAGAUCGUGACUUGUUGCUACUAGAAAACCAACUUCCCUUUUUGGUCCUCACCAAACUUCAUGACAUGACUAAGUAUCCUACAGAAUCAUUUAUUAAAAUGGUAAAAUAUAACUUUUGUGGUAGUUUACCGAGGGUAACUCCUAAAUUCUUAAAUGAAGCUAAUGGUAAUGUCAAAGCAAUCAAACAUUUACUUCAAGUGGUACACAUGUGUGGUACUUGUCGCCCCGAGAAACAUUAUUCUCUAACAUUUGAGCCAGAAUUAGAGCCGCAAAUUAUUAAGGAUGCCAACUUAUGGCACGACCUCAUGAGAAGUGCAACAGAGCUUGAUGAAGCCGGAAUCAACUUCUCAAAAGUUAGUGAAAUUUAUAGAAUGCUGGGCGAAGACAACGAGGGGGACAGCACGAGUUUAUUCGAUAUCAAAUAUGUUAAUGGAAGGAUGAAAAUCCCUUGUUUUGAAGUCGUUAAUGGUACAGAGACAGUCCUGAGGAAUCUAGUAGCUUACGAGCAACAUUCUUCUGAUGUAUACACUAAAUAUUUCACAGAUUACGUGAUUUUUAUGGAUCGUCUUAUCAACUCAGCCGAAGAUGUGAAGUUGCUACGCUUGAAGGGAAUUAUCAGGAACCGGAUAGGCGACGACAGUGAUGUGGCUAGCAUCUUUAACAAACUUGGCGAUGGAGUCAUUCCUUCUUCUAACUUCUAUUACAAAGAAGAAUGCAAAAAAGUGGUUGAGCAUUGUAAUAAAAGAUGGAAUAGAAGGAUGGCAAAUUUGAGGCACAAUUACUUUAAUGGACCUUGGGUGGGACUUUCAACUGCAGCAGCCGUCUUCCUCCUCGCGCUUACACUUAUGCAAACAGUUCUAACUUUCAUAAGUACUCUUUAAGUAGGAUGCUGUUUCCUCACUGUUCCAUUCAAGUAGUUGUGUGUCAAUGUUGGCUCAUCCAAGUUUGUGCAAUGAUAGUAUAAUUAUGUGAGAAGGCACGAGACGUAUGUUCAAUUUUAUAAUUAGUCACAGUUUUCUAUGUAACUUGUGUCUUCGUACAAGAAGCAGCUUAAUUUUGAAUUACCAAACCUCCUCUCUUUUA